AUGAAACAAGCGAAACAAUUGCCCCGGUCAGCAACAACCGUCUUUCUGGACCAACCACCCAGCUGUCUCGAGUUUUGUCCUCAGAUUCCCGACCAUCUCGUGGUGGGUACUUACCUCCUCUCCGAGACCAAGAGUGAGGACGAGACGGUGCAACAGACGAAAACCGGAAGUGUUCAACUUUGGAAGCUAGAUCAGACCACAGAUGCGCUCUCCCUAGUGCAAAGGAUUGCACUCCCAUACGCCGUUUUCGAUCUUCAUUUCCACCCAAGGAAUCGAAGCAAGUUUGCUAUCGCAAGUAGCACGGGGUGUGUCUCCUUGUUCCAUGUCUCUCAGUCCUCAGCGGAUGGCUCUACGCAACCGAGUAUCGAGCAGCUCUGGACUAAGCAAGUCCACGAAGACCCUUCCAUCCCAGCCCUCUUUCUGGCCUGGACACCAGAAAACUGGUUUCCCAGUCCAUCAGCCGAUGGAUUCGCGGUGACCUUUUCAGAUAGCCGGACAGCUGUCUUUGGAACCGAGAAAGACAUCACAGAAGAAGAUGGCCUUAUCGAAUGGGGUUCAUUCGAAGCUAAACAGAUGAUUGAGGUGUGGUUUGUUGCCCUCGCAGCCAUGACCCAGUCUUCCGAAAAAAGUGAGCAGAAUCAGAAUACGAUACCGUUUAUGUAUACCGGUAACGAUUUUGGCUCGCUUCAUACGCGCAGAUUUGUGAGCCAUGGGGGAAAGGAGAAGGGUGAUGAAGAGCCCCUUUCCCCGUUACUGCUCGAGCACGACGAUCGAGCCCGCCAUCACACUGCUGGUGUCACUGCCAUCAUACCCCUUCCCGUGCCGCUAGUUGACGACGCACCUGUUCUCUUGACAGGAAGUUAUGAUGAGGGUCUUCGCGUAUACCAUGCGACACGACGAGGGGAAGUUCUCGCGGAGGAAGGACUGGGCGGUGGUGUCUGGCGUUUACAGCUUCUUGAUCCAAAAGAAGUCGUCAAAUCAAACGACGCUGGGGACAUCCGAGAGCAGCACUUCUUGGUCCUAGCAAGUUGCAUGCAUGGCGGGACACGAGUUGUGCGCGUAAUCUGGAAGCAGGAGGACCAGAGCUCCGAAUGGAGCAUUGAGGUGCUGGCAGAGUUCACAGAGCAUGAAAGUAUGAACUACGCCAGCGACGUCUGGAAAGGGGUGGGCGCGGACACAUCUAGUCAGGUAGGAGAGUUGUCCGAGCUGCUUUGCGUCUCGAGCAGCUUCUACGAUCGCCGUGUUUGUGUAUGGAGGGCCAUAGUAUAA